CAAAAUUUGAAAGUAUCAUUGGUGCCACCCUCACCUGCAUGGCUAAAAAGCUGUGCAAAUGUGAACUUCCACAAGGAUUCAGUUGUUGUUUGUGAGUUGUAAAUACACACAUACACACUCUCCCUCUCUCUCUCCUCUUUCUGUUUCUCUCUCUCUCUAGCUAUAUAUGGAUGGAUAAUCUUCAUCUGUAUCUUGAUUUUUCUCUAUUCGUUCUUCUGACCAUAGCCACCCAAAAUAUCCGUUAGCCAACUUGCUCUCUCUCGUCUCUAUAUGGACACUCCAAUCCUUUAAAGAACACAAACACAUACCAAACUAGGGUGUGUGUUUCAAUCCAUGAUGAAGGUCAAGUCAUCGGAAGAUAUCGGCAUUUUGCAAAAGGAUUUGGCAGAGUUACGCAUCUCAUGUAUGAAUGGGAAUAAGUAUAAUUAUAAUCCUGGCACACCCACAACUAGAUUGGAAAGGCUCUUGAGGGAGAGGGAGCUAAGGAAAUUGAGUAGGUCAGCUCAACCAAAUGAAGAAGUAAGAGAUGGCAACAAGGAGGUGGACAUCUUUAGUGACCUGGGUCUAACUGAGGGUGAUAAUUUGCCGCGUGAGGAAGAGUUUCUGGAAGGCGUUGCAGCGGCAAGAGCACCCAGUGAUAGAAGUGAGAGGCAAGAAGGGCAAGGGCGACGUACCAAACAACGUCUAUUGGUGGUGGCCAAUAGGCUGCCUGUCUCUGCAGUUAGGAGGGGUGAGGACUCAUGGGCUUUGGAAAUAAGUGUAGGGGGCCUCGUCACUGCACUUUUGGGUGUGAAUGAGUUUGAAGCCAAAUGGAUUGGAUGGGCUGGAGUAAAUGUACCUGAUGAAGUUGGACAGAAAACACUCACUAAAGCUCUAGCUGAAAAGAAGUGUAUCCCUGUUUUUCUUGAUGAAGAGAUUGUACAUCAAUAUUACAAUGGCUAUUGUAACAACAUCUUGUGGCCUCUUUUCCAUUAUCUUGGGCUUCCACAAGAAGACCGGCUUGCAACAACUCGUAGUUUUCAGUCUCAAUUUGAUGCUUAUAAGAAGGCUAACCAAAUGUUUGCUGAUGUGGUAUAUGAGCAUUAUGAGGACGGUGAUGUUGUUUGGUGCCAUGAUUACCAUCUAAUGUUUCUUCCAAAAUACCUAAAAGACUAUAACAACAAAAUGAAAGUUGGUUGGUUUCUGCACACACCUUUCCCUUCCUCUGAAAUUCACAGGACACUGCCAUCUCGAUCAGAGCUGCUGAGAUCUGUUCUUGCUGCUGAUUUAGUUGGGUUCCACACUUAUGAUUAUGCGAGGCACUUUGUUAGUGCUUGCACUCGUAUUCUUGGGCUUGAGGGUACACCUGAAGGAGUAGAGGAUCAAGGAAAGCUAACUCGUGUGGCUGCGUUUCCUAUUGGGAUAGAUUCUGAUCGGUUCAUUCGAGCUCUUGAACUUCCUCAAGUCCAGGAUCACAUCAAAGAACUGAAAAAACGAUUUGCUGGCAGAAAGGUAAUGUUAGGCGUUGAUCGUCUUGAUAUGAUUAAAGGAAUUCCACAAAAGAUUUUGGCAUUCGAAAAGUUCCUCGAAGAAAAUCCAGAUUGGCGUGAUAAAGUUGUUUUGCUGCAAAUUGCUGUGCCAACAAGGACUGAUGUUCCUGAGUAUCAAAAGUUGACAUGCCAGGUUCAUGAAAUUGUUGGACGCAUUAAUGGAAGAUUCGGAACUCUUACAGCUGUCCCAAUACAUCAUUUGGACCGGUCUCUUGACUUUCAUGCACUAUGUGCACUCUAUGCUGUGACUGAUGUAGCACUUGUUACAUCAUUAAGGGAUGGGAUGAAUCUUGUCAGCUAUGAAUUUGUGGCCUGUCAAGCUUCAAAAAAAGGGGUUCUCAUUCUAAGUGAGUUUGCAGGUGCCGCACAGUCUCUUGGUGCUGGGGCAAUUUUGGUAAACCCUUGGAACAUUACAGAAGUUGCUGCUUCAAUUGGUUAUGCUUUAAAUAUGCCAGCUGAUGAAAGAGAAAAAAGGCACCACCAUAACUUCACGCAUGUGACCAAUCAUACAUCCCAAGAAUGGGCUCAAACCUUUGUAAGUGAACUCAAUGAUACAAUUGUUGAAGCUCAUCUGAGGACUAGACAAAUUCCACCUUCUCUUCCGGUCAAGGUUGCAAUAGAACGGUAUAUGCAAUCCAAUAAUCGACUACUCAUAUUGGGAUUCAAUGCAACAUUAACUGAGCCUGUGGAUGCUCCAGGAAGAAGGGGUGAUCAGUUCAAAGAAAUGGAGCUUAAAUUACACCCAGAUUUAAAAGAAUCCUUAAAGAAGCUUUGUGAUGACCCAAAGACAACGAUUAUUGUCCUCAGUGGAAGUGACAGAAGUAUCCUGGAUGAGAACUUCGGUGGAUACAACAUGUGGUUGGCAGCAGAACAUGGGAUGUUCUUACGUCUUACAAAGGGAGAAUGGAUGACAACAAUGCCAGAAAAUUUACAUAUGGAUUGGGUUGACAGUCUAAAGCAUGUUUUUGAGUAUUUCACUGAAAGGACACCCCGAUCUCAUUUUGAGCUUCGUGAGACGUCACUUGUGUGGAAUUAUAAGUACGCAGAUAUUGAGUUUGGAAGGCUUCAAGCAAGGGACAUGUUGCAGCAUCUGUGGACAGGUCCAAUCUCAAAUGCAUCAGUUGAUGUUGUACAAGGUGGCCGAUCAAUUGAGGUCCGGGCAGUUGGUGUCACAAAGGGUGCAGCAAUAGAUCGUAUUUUGGGAGAAAUAGUUCAUAACAAAGAUAUGAAGGCACCCAUUGAUUAUGUCUUGUGUAUUGGGCACUUUCUAGCAAAGGAUGAAGACAUCUAUACGUUUUUUGAACCCGAGCUUCCUUCUGAACCAGCAGCCGCCACAAGAUCCCAAAUAGCCAAUCCUGCGAAUACUACUGCUCUAAAACAUAUAAUUGGGAAAAGUGUGUCCAAGGCAUCUGGCAGUAAGGCCCGAUUGCCCUCCUUGAUUUCAGAGAAAAGAACAAAUGAUCAUGGAAAUGGGACUGGUUGGUGGCCUAUGAUGCAUGAUAAAUUGUCACUGCAUGAGGGUUCAUCCAUACUUGAUCUCAAGGGUGACAAUUACUUCUCUUGCGCUGUUGGAAGGAAGCGAUCAAAUGCUCGGUAUCUUCUUGGAUCAUCAGCUGACGUUGUCACACUAUUAAAGGAGCUGGCAGGGUUUCCAUCAUCGAGUUGAUUAAACUUCACCUUUGUCUUCUGGAAUACUUUCUUCCAAUGGUGGAGAACAUAGAGGUUCUAGAGGACAUGAUAUUAUGUUUGGUAUGGCCCUUAGCAGCUCCAUUUUACAGCUGGUAAAUUUCAGCUUCUUCCUCCCAAGAUGUAGAUUUUUUCUUUUUCUCUUAUUCUUUUUUGUGCCUCCUAGGUAGAUGGUUACUGGUCCAUAUUAUAUAAAAAUUUAGUUACAAGUAGUUUAAGCUGUCGCAAAGAACAAAUUACCCAAAGGAAAACAGCAGGUGCUAAAGAUCUAUUAUUUGCAAACUA